GAAACCAUCAAUUCCUCAGGUUCUGUUCUUUGAGUAUGGAAGGAGGAGUCUUAAAUUCACCUUGAAAUUUGCUUUUACGAGAAACACGAGGAUAACCUCCAGCAUCCAAUCCCACCCUUAUUUAAACUAUAUUUCUCCGGUAGAGAUAUGAUCUGCAAAACAAGAGCUGCCCUUGGCCUCUCUGAGGACUUCCAUCAAGUACCUGACAGGCACAUUUGGGGUACUCGGUAGUGGAGCAAAGAUGGGUUUUAGUCUAUGGGUUCGGACAGGGUUGCAGGCAGCAGUAUUGUUCGCGUUGUUUGCAUGCCUCAAAAGCUCUGGUUUCACAGUGCUUUCCAUACCAUUUUUGUAUGCCUCUUUGGUUUUUGCUUUGGUUUCACUUGCUGCUCAUCCAGUGAUAGACCUUCCCAUGCUGUUGGGGAAGAACCCAGAUGGGAGUUUCCCCACUUGGUCGAUUAUAAUGUUCAGCCCCUAUUUGUAUUUCGUCCGCUUCUUCUCGGCAUUGCGGAGGAUGCAGAGUAGGGAGGCUCCUUACACUGAAAUCUCCGAGGGUUUGUUCGUUGGCGGGUGGCCUUCUUCGCUUGAUAAACUGCCACCAGGUGACCCUGCCAUUGUUGAUUGCACUUGUGAAUUGCCAAGGAAGUGUGAGGUUACAGGGCAUUCUUAUUUGUGUGUGCCAACAUGGGACACGAGGGCUCCUCAGCCGCCUGCCAUUGAAUCUGCUGUCAAGUGGGCUUGCCAAAAAAGGGCUCAGAAUAAGCCUGUUUUCGUCCACUGCGCCUACGGUCAUGGGAGAAGUGUAGCUGUCAUGUGUGCACUACUAGUUGCUCUUGGGGUUGAAGAGGACUGGAAAAAUGCUGAGAAACUAAUUCGAGAGAAACGUCCUUACAUUAGGUUGAAUGCUCUACACCGCAGGGCUCUGGAAGAGUGGUCAAAACAUCGGUUAUCUCCUUCUAAGAAGAAUUGAUAAACCAAAGUAACAGAUAGCCAUGGUUUCUAAAGACACACAUUAUUCUCAGUCAACCCAACAGCCAACAGUUCUAGAGUCCAAGUCAUCAAUUGCUUAGUCUUUAAGUUUUCUAUUGUAAUUAAUUCAUAGAUUAAGCUUAAUUAGUUACAUUAGUUGUUAACUAAUGUUAUUAGCUGCUGUGUAUAAAUACAUCCAAUGUAACCCAGUUUCAUUUAAUGAGAAUACAUUUCUAAUA